AAUCAAAGUUAAAAUAUGGCACCGGUGACAAACUUUCUUCGAAAAUCCAUCAAUAAUAACGAGUUUUGGUGUUCCUCAAUCUUAUUACCAUUUUGUGAUAUAGUUGCUUCUGAAAAAACGGAAUCUUGCACUAUUUAAGAGCGUGUUUCGGCGUGAUCAUUUCUUUUUUUACAGAAAAAGUGACUAAUUUUGUUUUCGUUUCGAACGAUUAACCUACAAAAAAAACGUACGUGUGAUGAAUUCUGUUAUAUCGAUAGGAAUUUUUAUCAGUCUAAACACGAUUCAAUGAGCAGUUCCAAGGAUGACCAAGACGAUCAGGAUCCUGAUUAUGCAAGACCGGGUCGCAGCAAUGAAACACAUCAAAAGUUUUUUGAAGAAACUGCACGUGCAAAUGUCGCAAGAAAAAUCACAGCAAUCGUGGAGAAGGAGUUUUCACAGGAAAUUGAGGCAAAAGAAAAAGAAAUAUUGGAGAUAGAUGAGAAAUUGCACAAUGCUCUCAAAACCCUCCAUUUUCUGCGUUAUGUCAUAAUAACUGAUUUUUACAAUCGCAAACAAUGUCAGGCUGCUCCAUCGGUGGGAGAAUGCAAGCAAACACAAAUUCAUCCAGCAAUUAAGCAAAUGAUUGGCAAAGCUCCAAAAACCGAGAAUUUCUUGAACCAAGAAAUUGCGUUAACGAUUUUGCCCGAUGAAGGAGCUAAAAACAGGGGAGAUGAAAUUUCGAAUGUGAGCGAAAUCGAAAAACGCCUCACUACUAAUUCAAACGAUUCCAGUGAGGACUUUUUAAGAGGAAAAAAAAGUCUUGGCAAAAGAUCUAAAGAGGAUUUUGCUUCGGAAAAUGGACCACCCAAAAAAGUUCCGAGAUAUGUUCCACCGAGAAGCUCGCUUCCCGAACCUCAAGUCCCUUCUCGGGGUGCUCGUCACAAAGUUCGAAAAAGAAUGAUUGUUGGCAAUAUCUCAAAAUGGAUUUCUCCCGACUGGAGAGAGGACGCGGCUAGUCACAAAUGGACGGUGUACGUGCGAGGCGAUAAAGAAAAUUCUGAUAUCUCCGACUUCGUCGGGAAAAUACGAUUCUUCUUGCAUCCUAGUUAUCGACCUAACGACGUUGUUGAAAUCACAUCGCCACCAUUUCAUUUAUCACGACGUGGCUGGGGUGAAUUUCCGGUUCGCGUGCAAUUGCACUUCAAAAAUUCUGUCAACAAGCCGAUGGACAUAAUUCAUUAUUUGAAACUCGAUAGGACGUAUACCGGUCUUCAAACACUCGGUUCCGAGACCGUGGUAGACGUUUGGAUAAAAACAGGUGAAGAAAUAGUGGAAAGUAACAUGGAAAAAGCUGACGGUUCGAAAAACGGAAUUUCCGGAGAUUUGACUGCCACAAUAAAGGAAGAACCGAUGGAAACAUCAGAAAAAUCAGAUAGCAACAAUGAUUCCACAUUCGAAUUCGUGGUGUGCGAACAAAGUAUUAAAGUCGAAAACGAAAUAAAGGAAGAAAGACCUUCGCACGUUUAUUUCGAGCAUGAUUAUGUGAAUUUUCCAGCCAUCGACACCAUGAGAAUGUUGGAAAACGAAAAUAACGUUACCAUUUCACAUUCGCCUCCACGAAAUAAAGAAAACCUUGGGAUUGAAUCGCGAUCUAGCGCGACAGAAAUUCCUACUCGAGCAUUGAACGGAAAUUCGAAACUGGAAACGAUGGAUUCGAGUUCAAAUAUUUCUAUCAGCCAAGACGUCAAAACGAUGGCCUCCAACCUUGAAAAUUCUUCGUCGAAGUUGCGACCUUUGAAAAUAGCGAUUCCCGAAGCUUUCGAAGGACUCCGCAAAACUACAAAUGUGCCAAUUUCACAAAAAAAGCAAAUCCUUGUGAUGCGCGACAAUAAAUUUGUUCCUGUUAAUUCAAUGAACGUAACGAGCAACAAAAAUUCUCAAAUUUCCACAAUCGUAUCGACGAUCGUUUCCGAUGGUUCGAAUUUAACGAAAAACUUGACUGCCCGCUCGAACGUUAGUUUAUUGAAAAAGCCCACCGGUGGAAAUAAGACAUCGAUGCUUUUGACCCUGAAUCAAACGAACUCGUUGCUUCUCGAUUCUUCUAACACUAUUCCUGCUCUCAAAAUCGUCGAACCCGGUGCAACGAAUGAUCGAACAAUGUGUCCUGUUGACCAUAAAAUGUCACAUCGUCCUAGCGUCCAAAUUUUAUCAAAAGUAAAAAAUAAUGGCGAAGAAUCUUCGCAGCAUUGGUUGGACAACUUAAAAUUCACGACAAAACCGAAAAUUACUUUGGGAAAGGAUCGAAUUGGAACGACCAGCAAAAAAGAACAUUACAACGAAAUAUUACGUUCGAUCGAUGAAGUUGAAAUACGUGAUGUUUCUGCGCUCGUACGUUUCGUAAUACGACGGCUUCCCCUCGUAACGGAAAAGGCCACGGACCCGGAGUACAGAAAUCUUCAUCCUUAUGCCACGCCAAGUGAGAACGAAUUUCUAGAAAGUAAUGUUGGUAAACAACGAGCUCUGGAGUGGUAUCGAGCGAAGCGUGUGAAAUCAUUCCUGAAGAAAAAAAACAUUCCGGAGGAGUUGCAAUGGAGCGUGAAAGAAAUAAUGAUGUGGUCGCGAUUGCACGGAUACACGCCAUUGCGCUCAUUACCGAAAAUGGGGAUAGGAAAUUCGGGUGUAAAAUCAUCGGAGAAAAAUCUGCCGGAGGAUAUACCAGAAACCACAACGUGCACGUUCACCGAGCCGACUGGACUUUUGGAAUUUUUACGUAAAACAAAAGAGAUCAAAUUAGAAUUAGGAGCGAAAAAGAAUGAAGAUGAUCACGUCGAAAUAAUCGACGUGAUUGAUAUUACUAGUCCUGAACGAAUCAGCAGAGCUGUCAAAGCAGAAAAAAGUCAUGAGAAAAAAAACAUUAUGUCUUUGGGGAUACCGGAAAAAAUAGUUCCUCUCCAAUCGUAUGUUUGCGAUACGACGAGAAAAAUUGGUCUAAAACUUGAACCAGAAGAAAUUCUCCCUGGUGUGUUGCACUGCGCACCUGCGAGAAUGAUCGUUAAAGCCGUCCAAUGUCUUUUAGAGGAUCUUCUGAGGUCUUCACUUGCCAAAGCCUGGGAACGCAGCGUUGACGGAGGGAGUCCGGAUACGAUAACCGUAGAAGAUGUUCGCGGAGCUAUUCUCAAUCGUGAAGAGUUUGACGUAUUCACGAACGAGGGUCUGGGCUCUCACUACUGUCUUGACGACUGAACAGUCCAAACAAACAGGAACAACCGAUU